AUGGAAUUCGACCAAAGGGCAGAAAGCUCUGUUAACAAGAGGUGGCAGCGAACGAAUUCAAAAGUAGGGGAGGAGGCCGAUAAAGAGCCACCAGUUGGUACGCCCAAGUGGGCUCUCAAUGACGAAGACAAUGAUUCAGGACAAAAUGAAGCGGACGACUCUGGGGACGAGCAAGAAGACAGACACGAGGAAGGCAGCUCAGACGAAGAGAUAGAGAUUGUGAAACCCGAAAAAAGCCUUGACAUUGAUGAGUGCAGCGAUGACGUACAUAAUUGCGAUGUUAAUGCGGACUGUACCAAUACUGAGGGUUCUCACAAUUGCACCUGCAAGAAAGGAUACACUGGAGAUGGAAAGUCGUGCCAAGACAUAGAUGAGUGCGCCAGCACACCCUGCAAGAACGGAGGAUCUUGUACAGAUCAGAUUAACGGAUACAGUUGUAGUUGCCAACCAGGAUUUUAUGGAAGUUAUUGUGAGACAGACAUUGAUGAGUGCAGCGAUGACGUACAUAAUUGCGAUGUUAAUGCGGACUGUACCAAUACUGAGGGUUCUCACAAUUGCACCUGCAAGAAAGGAUACAUUGGAGAUGGAAAGUCGUGCCAAGAUAUCGAUGAGUGUAAAGAUAGUGACCAUGCUUGUGAUGCUAAUGCGAACUGUACCAAUGCCAAUGGAUCCCAUUAUUGUACCUGUAAGGAAAGAUAUACUGGGAAUGGACAAUCAUGCCAAGAUAUUGAUGAGUGCAAAGAUGGCAGCCAUGUGCGUGAUAUUAAUGCAAACUGUACCAAUACUGAGGGUUCUCGCAAUUGCACCUGUAAGGAAGGAUACAAUGGAGAUGGAAAGUCAUGCCAAGAUAUCGAUGAAUGUAAAGAUGAUGACCAUGCUUGUGAUGCUAAUGCCAACUGUAUCAACACCGAUGGAUCCCAUCAUUGUAUCUGUAAGGAAAGAUAUACUGGGAGUGGAGAAUCAUGCCAAGAUAUUGAUGAGUGCAAAGAUGGCAGCCAUGUGUGUAAUAUGAAUGCAAACUGUACCAAUUCUGAGAGUUCGCACAGUUGUAACUGUAAGGAAGGAUAUAUUGGAGAUGGAAAGUCAUGCCAAGAUAUUAAUGAGUGCAAAGAGGGCAGCCAUGUGUGUGAUGUUAAUGCAAACUGUACCAAUACCGAGGGUUCUCACAAUUGUAACUGUAAGGAAGGAUACAUUGGAGAUGGAAAUUCAUGCCAAGACAUUAAUGAGUGCAAAGAUGGCAGCCAUAUAUGUGGUGUUAAUGCAAACUGUACCAAUACUGUGGGUUCUCACAGUUGCACCUGCAAGAAAGGGUACAUUGGCAAUGGAAGGUCAUGCCAAGAUAUCGAUGAAUGUAAAGAUGGUAGCCAUGCUUGUGAUGGCAAUGCGAACUGUACCAACACCAAUGGAUCCCAUCAUUGCAGCUGUAAGGAAGGAUACAAUGGUGAUGGGCAAUCAUGCCAAGACAUUAAUGAGUGCAUAGAUGGCGACCUUGAGUGUGAUGUUAAUGCAAACUGUACCAAUACUGAGGGUUCUCACAAUUGUAACUGUAAGGAAGGAUACAUUGGAGAUGGAAAGUCAUGCCAAGGUGUUAUGUAUUGA